AGUGGGCUCUGAUAUAAGGCAUCGCGAAAAGAUUGGUGUAGAAGACAAGUAAGUAUAAUAUAAAAAUCAGACAAUGGAUGUCGGAUGGAUAGCGCGGAAGGAGAAAGUCGUACAAAUAGGAGCUGACCUCGAAUUGAGCGCACCCUAUGCUCGUGCAGGCGUGCAGGCCAUGCAGUUAGGCGCAGUUGUGAUUACGGGUACUCGUUCAUAUUGGUGCAACCGGAUCCAUGCGCAAACCAUGUGUUUGAUAGGGAUAUCUGUGCAUGAAGUUGACCAAUGAAGUCAGUGUUAUUCCCUACAUUUUCAAACUUCUGCUGAUGAUAAAUAACAUAUCCUACAGUCAUCCUCGUGUC